GCAAAUUCCAGCAACUUUUAACCCCAAGUCCCGUCCGCCGCCAACCUCUUUAUCUCGGCCACUUUGACUUUUUGCCAUCCACUCAUCACCAGAACUCGUCUCUUGCAUCUCCGAUACCUAUCCUACAGAAACAACCAAACAAAUCAAGACAAAACAAAACAUCACAAUCACCACAUCCGCAACCAUGUUUUCCAGAUCUGUUCGCGCUGUUUCCGGCCGCGUUCUCGCCAACGCCGUCCGCCCUACCGUCAUGCCGGCUGCGCGCCAGAUUGCGCCCGCCGUUGCCGUCGUCGCCAAGAGGUCCUACCACGAGAAGGUCCUUGACCACUACUCGCGCCCUCGCAACGUCGGUACCCUCGACAAGAAGGACCAGUCGGUCGGCGAAGGCCUCGUCGGCGCCCCCGCCUGCGGUGAUGUCAUGCGUCUUCACAUCAAGGUCGACCCCGAGACUGGAGUCAUCAGCGACGUCAAGUUCAAGACCUUCGGCUGCGGCUCUGCCAUUGCCUCUUCCAGCUACGUCACCGAGCUCGUCCGCGGCAUGACCCUCGAGCAAGCCUCCAAGGUUAAGAACACCGAGAUUGCCAAGGAACUCUGCCUCCCCCCUGUCAAGUUGCACUGCAGCAUGCUUGCCGAGGAUGCCAUCAAGGCCGCCAUCAAGGACUACCGCACCAAGAACCCCCACGCCAUGCCCACCAACCUCGCUGGCACCGGCGCCAAGUUCGAGACUGCCCAGGCCGCCUAAAUUGGUCAUCUACUGACAUGCCAGCUUGGGAGGAUCAUAAUGGGGCGUGUAUGUUGAAGAAAGCUAAAAGUGGAUUUUGCACAAAGAGCCGCAAACCUUGAAAAGGUCGGCCAUGCAUGCGUCGUGGGGUUUGUUGUCUCUUGUUUCUCAUGGCGGGGGUUCUUGAAGGGGUUAUCAUAUCAUCCAUUAGCGGAGUCUCGGAGUUUUGGAUUGAUUUUGGUGGGUAGUUCUUCAUUCUUGUUGUCGUUGUUGUCGUUUGUUCAACACCACAACCACUUUUUUGGGCUGGUUUGUUGUUGGUUGCCUUGUCAUAACAGAGAAAAGCAAGCUCGUU